CGUAAAAAGCACAUCGUUGUACGCGCGCAACCACGCGCUCAAAACCCACAGUAUCAGAUUCAGUAGAAGGGGACGCUCAACUCCUCAUCUUCUUCUCUAGGGUUCAUGCUUCUCGCCAAUUCGUAGUCACUUGCCAUUUUCUCUGGAUUGAGAUAUGUUUUUAGUGAUUUCUCCUUUAAACUAUUAUUCAGUGUUUCGGCUUCGAAGCGUUUGCAGGCGGCUGAGAUGAUGUCGCUCAUGAGUUCCAGCAACGACGCCCGGGUGGUACCGCCGCUACAACGGGGAAGAGACACCGUCGAAGAAGAAAAAAUCGCCGGUUCAGCGAGCGAAAUUUCUUCCUCCGGAGCUUUCGAAUUUGGCGCAGUGGUUUCGAAUGUCGAAGCUGGUCGAGUUGGCUACGAUGAAUCAGAUGAAGCUAGGUUUAUCACUAAUGUGAGUGAUUCUAGAGUUGCGAUUGAGAAUGAUGAAUUCAGGUUCAACGGUAGCGGAGGAGGUGAAAAUAAACCUAGUUCUUCCGUUUGUAGAUUGCUCGGGGGCAGUGAAAAAAGCAUUCUGCAGAGCGGGAAACUGGAACAUAGGAAGAAUACGAGUGCAGCUGAGGAUUACGAUUCUAUUUUAUCCGCAUCCGACAAGUUCGCAGCUAAAGGAAAUGACGAAGCGGUUGGACAUGGGUUCCAAAUCGGAGAUAUGGUGUGGGGGAAGGUAAAAUCCCACCCGUGGUGGCCGGGCCACAUAUAUAAUGAGGCACUUGUUCCACGUUCUGUCCGGAGAGGCAAGCAAGAAGGCCACGUGUUGGUGGCGUUUUUUGGGGACAGCAGCUAUGGGUGGUUUGAUCCGGCGGAGUUGAUUCCAUUUGAGGAGAAUUUCGCAGAGAAGUCGAUGCAAACUACAUCCCGGUCAUUCUUAAAGGCGGUGGAGGAAGCUGCAGAUGAGAUAGCCACAAGAAGUAGUUUGGGUUUAGCCUGCCGCUGCAAAAAUCAGUUCUCGCCAUCUAGUGUAGAGGGAUAUGUUGUUGUGGACAAUGGCGAUUCUGAAGCAGGGGUUUAUAGCUUGAGCCAGAUAAGUAAAGCCCAUGAUAGUUUUCGACCCAGUGACAUAGUUUCUUUCGUGCAUCAAGUAGCCUUGAAUCCCAUGAGUGACGAGCGCUUUUCCGUCGAUUUUAUCAAGCAGAAGGCACUGGCUCUUGCUGUUAGAAAGAUGCGUUUUGAGGAUUUUGAUGAGACAUAUGCUCAGGCUUUUGGAACUCAACCGCUCCGCCCUUCUUGUCCCACUGCCCCUGCGACCAUGGAUCCAUCUACAGCUCCUUUGAGUGGCCGACUGGUGUUUGCUGAAAUACUUGGUAAAAAGGAAAUCUCUGUGAAGCCUGCAAAAGCAAAAGGUCAAGUGGAGAAAGACAAGUAUCUUUCUAGACGACAGGAGGAAUCUAUUCCAUUGAAGAGCAAGAAAGCAAGUUCAAGCCAGGUGGGUCACUUCCCUCGUCCAUUCUCUGUAAAUAGACAGUACUCUAGCGUGAGAGACCACAUGCACCAGCCAUCCGAAUCUUGUUCUACUGAGUAUCGACAUCAACCUAUAAGUCAGCAGGCACCAAUUUAUAUGAAACCUUCUGAUAGUUCCAGGAAAGAUGUUGAAGGUGGCACCAAAAAAGUUGAGUUUCUAAAGCGUCCCGCUGGGAAAUCCACAGAUAACAAUGCAAUCCGCGUAAAGAAAGAGAAAAGGAAAGUAAUUAACCCUGAUACUGGUGGGGAACGUCAGGAGUUACCUCUCGCAGUCCGUAACAUUACAGAGAAUGUCUCUGGAAUGCCAGCCCGUGUUCAUCCCUCUGAAAACAGUGGACCGGAUGACCAGAACAUAGAUGCAGCUGUGGGCUUAUCAUCAUCUCAAUCACAGCAAGCAGAUGACUUUGUGAAAAUAGAGCUUCAAAUGUUUGUGAGGGAUCUACGUGCUGUUGCCUGCAAUCCCUUUCAUGGGGAGCAGAAGAGUUGCCAAGCUGUCAUCAAGCAGGUUUUCUUAAAAUACCGAUCCCUUGUGUAUCAGAAGAGCUUGGUUGUAGUGCCACCAGCAGAGAUUGAGGGAAGUGAAGGUAAUCCUAGUAGAUUACCUGUGCCAAUGCCUGCGGUUGCUGACAAGAUUGUGAGACCUUCAGUAAGACUCGAUGAUCCAACCAAAGGUGGAAAGAAACAUGACCGUCCAGAUGAUGUCCAGAAAAUGAAGCUCCGUGUCUCGCAAGGCGUAAAAAGAAAGAAGUUGAAUGAGUCUUUGGAGUCUAAGAGAAAUAAAAUAGAUAGCUCCAAAUCAUUGACAGUGGAGAAAAAGGAGUUGGAUGAGUCUUUGGAGUCUAAGAAAAAGAAGAUGGAUAGCUCCAAAUCAUUAACGGUUGAGAAAAAGGAGUUGGACGAGUUUUUGGAGUCAAAGAGAAAGAAGAUGGAUAGCUCUAAUAAAUCAUUGACAGUGGAGAAAAAGGAGUUGGAUGAGUCUCUGGAGUCCAAGAGAAAGAAGAUGGAUAGCUCCAAAUCAUUGACACUGGAAAAAAAGGUUAUUAUCCAGAGGUCUUCUGAAUCCCAGUUUGGGGAUGCGAGAGAUUCUGCUCCACAAAUAAGGGCCGCGAAACAAGAAUCGAACAGAAGGACAGCAGCAGGGCAGAUGACAAGAUCUGCGACUCCAACUAUGCUCAUGAUGAAGUUUCCGGCUGAUGCGGCACUUCCAUCCAUUCCCCAGCUGAAGGCGAAAUUCGCCCGUUUCGGGCCUCUGGACCAGUCCGCCACGAGAGUUUUCUGGAAGUCAUACAUGUGCCGCUUGGUCUACCAACACAAGAUAGAUGCACAGGCUGCUUUGAAGUUUGCUGUUGGAAGUAGCAACUUGUUAGGAAGUGCGAAUGUCAGAUGCUACAUCCGUGAAGUGGAUGGUGAGGGGGCAGAGUCAGAACCGGUCAAGGCGCCUCAUCAGAACAAAGAAGAUACUGAGCAAAGGCCGGUGGUGGCCAAAACGGCUUCUGAGCAGUUCAGGUCAUGCCUGAAGAAGCCCAGCGGAGACGAGGCUGGGAAUGGAGAUGCUGUUAAAAGUGCCCGAGUUAAGUUUGUGUUGGGAGGGGACGAUAGCAGUCUCCCGUUAAAUGAAAAUAAUAUAAACAAGAUCGCUAGUUUUGGAGCGGGUAGUUCUUCUAUACAUUCAACUAGUAAGGAUUUGCCAAAUAUUAAUCCUCAGUCCAGCAAUACUUUUGCACCUCCAUUCAGACAGCUCCCUGUUCCGGAGCAAGGAGGGAUCAGACCGCCGGCUCUGAAAAUGGCGCCGGGUGAUAUCUCGCAACAGAUGCUUAGUCUUCUAACGAGAUGCAACGAUGUGGUUAACAAUUUGAGCGCUGCGUUGGGCUGUGUGCCCUACCAUCCUCUUUAGAUCAAUCGGAAAAAAAAGCAGCAGAAUUUAUCCUAGUUAAUGCACCUCACUUAAAUGGGCGGAAUCAAUGUAGUUAUAUUUUGUUGUCGAUGUUGCGCUUCCGGUAUAAUAACAAUAGAGACUCUCUCUCUCUCUCUCUCUCUCUCUCUCUCCUGUUUGUAGUAGUACAAUGAUGGGAAUCAUUUGCCUCGUUUUUAUACAUGGUGAAUUUCAUUUUCAUGCACA